GAAUCAGCCAGAUUAGCCAGAAUCAGCUGCCGCAACAAAAUCGAAAAACGUGCUCAAACCCCGGUGAUCGAUUUACGCAAAAUUAAAAAAUGUCCUGGUUAUUUGGCGUGAAGAGGGACGGCGGAGGCGGCCCUCCUACAGACAUGCCUCCGCCUCCAGGAGACGGCUCUGCUGGGGGCGGCGGAGGCAACCCAAACGAACCGGAAAAAUCACGCAGCGACGCUUACAGAUUCGACUCUGCAGCUUUGGAAAGGGCAGCAAAAGCAGCUCGGGAAUUGGAAUCUUCCAGAAAUGCUAAGGAGGCUCUGGAGCUAUCAAAACUGCAGGAGAUGACCCGGCACUCGGAGUUGGUGGCCAAGGCCAAAGAAUACGAAGCACACAUCGAGCAGAUGAAGUUGGACUCAAAGAGAGUUGAGGGUGAUGAAAGGAGAAAAACGCUGCAGGAGGAAACCAAGCAGCACCAAAUGCGUGCCCAGUACCAAGACCAGUUAGCCAGAAAGAGAAAUGAGGAUCAGUUGCUUCAACAAUCUCGGGCCAACGAUGAGAAUCUCCGCAGACAAGAAGAAUCUGUUGCUAAACAAGAAUCUAUGAGAAAAUCAACGAUUGAGCACGAAAUGGAAUUGAGGCACCGGAAUGAAAUGAGGAGACUGGAAGCAGAGUUGUCGGCAAAGGCAAAAAUCGACAGGGAAAAUCAAGACUUGACCUUGGAGCAGAUCAGACUAAAGGCUGCAGAAAAUCGAACCACUGUUUUGGAGUCCAUAAAGACGGCUGGCUCUGUUUUGGGAGCAGGCUUUCAGGCUUUUCUGCAAGACUGGGACAAAGUAAUAGUGGCAGCUGGCGGCGUUUCCCUUCUGGCUCUAGGUGUAUACACGGCCAGAGGAGCCACAGGGGUUGGUGCUCGGUACAUCGAGUCACGACUUGGAAAACCUUCACUGGUGCGAGAAACAUCUCGUUUUUCUGUUCUUGAGGCUUUCAAGCACCCUGUCAAUACUGUGAAGAGACUCAAGCUGAAGCCGCAAGAUGCCUUGUCUGGUGUUGUUUUGUCUCCAAAACUGGAAGAAAGAUUAAGAGACGUCGCCAUUGCUACAAAAAAUACAAAGCAUAAUAAGGGCAUGUAUCGCAAUAUCCUCAUGCACGGCCCACCUGGAACAGGAAAGACCAUGUUUGCCAAGAAAUUGGCAAUGCACUCUGGAAUGGACUUUGCAAUUAUGACUGGUGGUGAUGUUGCUCCCAUGGGUAAGGAAGGAGUGACUGCUGUCCAUAAGGUGUUUGACUGGGCAAACACUUCUAGAAGGGGCCUCCUUUUGUUCAUGGACGAAGCAGAUGCUUUUUUGCGGAAAAGAAGUUCCGAGGCCAUCAGCGAAGACUUGCGUGCCAUGUUGAAUGCUUUCCUCUACAGAACGGGAGAGCAGUCCAACAAAUUUAUGUUGGUUCUUGCUUCCAACACUCCUGAGCAGUUUGACUGGGCUAUCAACGACCGUCUGGACGAAAUGGUCGAGUUUGGCCUUCCAGGACUUGCGGAGCGUGAAAGACUUGUCCGCCUCUACUUUGACAAGUUUGUUCUGCAGCCUGCCUCGGAGGGCAAGAGACGGCUGAAGGUUGCUGAGAUGGACUACAGCGCCUUAUGCUCAAAAAUCGCCAAAAUGACUCAGGGCAUGUCUGGCCGAGGAAUUUCCAAGUUGGGUGUUGCAUGGCAAGCUGCUGCCUACGCCUCGGAAGAUGGUGUUUUGACCGAGAAGAUGAUCAUGGAGAGGGUUGAAGAUGCUGUUAAACAACACCAGCAAAAGGAGCAAUGGUUGAGCGCCCAGGAAAGGCGGGAGUUCAAGACCGGCGGCUACCACUCGCAGAAAGACGACCAGGCAGCACCGAACACCUCUUCGGCAGCUCCAGUCUAGUUCAGUUCAAGUGUUUAAAAGGACCAGCGUGCUCUCUAACUUCCCUACCAUUGAGACACGCACCCGUUGUUGACUUUUUAGAGCCGAAUUCUCUGAAUAGUUGUCUCUGAAUUGGGACCUGAAAUAUUAUUUUUGAAUUAUAGUCAAAGUGCGCCACACACACACUAUUGCAUUUCUUGCAGCCAUUGACGCCAAUAAAGGAGAUAAUUUUUGAGUUAAUUUGUUAGAAGCAAAAUUUCCUGAAAUUGUAAGUGAUGCUUAAAGGCUGGUUCCUCUGUAUGCCUGCAUUUCUUACAAAAGAAUAAAAAAUUUACUUUUAAAGUCCAUACAUAAUAUUUUUUCAAACUUAUAAAAAUCUGAAAAAUCUUAUGUACC